CAGCGCCCGCCGCCCGCGCCCGGCCCGGCGCCCCGGCCCUCCCGCCCGCGCUUCAUGGCUGCGCUGGAAUGGGACUGGUUCCAACGUGAGGAGCUCAUCGGACAGAUCAGCGACAUCCGAGUCCAGAACCUGCAAGUUGAGAGGGAAAAUGUGCAGAAGAGAACCUUCACUCGAUGGAUAAACCUACAUCUAGAGAAGUGCAACCCACCUCUAGAAGUUAAAGAUUUAUUCGUUGACAUACAAGAUGGAAAAAUCCUAAUGGCUUUGUUAGAAGUCCUGUCUGGGCGAAAUCUGCUGCAUGAGUACAAAUCCUCGUCCCACCGUAUUUUUCGGUUGAACAACAUAGCGAAAGCACUUAAGUUUUUGGAAGAUAGCAAUGUAAAACUGGUUAGCAUCGACGCAGCAGAAAUAGCAGAUGGCAACCCCUCUUUGGUUCUUGGCCUGAUAUGGAACAUAAUCCUGUUUUUCCAGAUUAAGGAGCUCACGGGCAACCUCAGCAGAAACUCUCCAUCUUCCAGCCUGUCACCCGGCUCGGGGGGCACAGACUCAGACUCCUCCUUCCCACCCACGCCCACCACAGAGAGGAGCACGGCGAUAUCAGUGAAAGACCAGAGGAAGACCAUCAGGGCCCUGCUGGCAUGGGUGCAGAGGAAGACGAGGAAGUAUGGUGUGGCGGUGCAGGACUUUGCGAGCAGCUGGAGGAGUGGGCUGGCUUUCCUGGCUGUGAUCAAGGCCAUUGAUCCUAGUCUGGUGGACAUGAAGCAGGCAUUGGAGGAUUCCAUGCGGGAAAAUCUAGAGAAGGCAUUCAGCAUCGCCCACGAUGCCCUUCACAUUCCCAGGCUCCUAGAGCCAGAAGACGUCAUGGUGGACACACCGGAUGAGCAGUCUAUUGUGACUUACGUGGCACAGUUUCUAGAACAUUUCCCGGAGUUGGAAGCCGACGAUUUUGAGGAUUCAGAUAAAGAAGCCCUGAUUGAAUCCACCUUUGUCCGCAUCAAAGAAACACCUUCUGAACAGGAGAGCACAGUCUUCUUUCUGACUGAAAAUGGGGAACGUGCCUACACCGUUAACCAUGAAACCAGCCACCCACCACCCUCCAAAGUCUUUGUCUGUGACAAGCCCGAGAGCAUGAAGGAGUCCUGCCUGGGUGGCGUUGCUAGCCAUACGCUGUCAGACACCUCCACCAAGGUCAUACACCAGAUUAUCGACCAGGUCCUCCAAGAGGUCCCAGGUAAGACCAGCAAUAUCAGUGAACCAUCUCCAGAAUCUUCCAUCUUAUCCAGAAAGGACAACCGGAGGUCCAUCUCUCUGCCAAUCAAGAAAACUGUGCACUUUGAAGCUGACCCCUAUAAGGAUGCUUCCUGCAGUAAGGAUACUUUCUAUGGUCAAGACUUUGGCUUUGAAGGGAGCCCAAAAGGGACAAAGGAAUUGUUGAAGCAAGAUGGACACACCGUGGCAGUUGAGGUUGCUGAGGAAAAGCCAAAACAGGAAGCCCCAAAGAUCCCGGAAGAAGCCUCUGACGAAGCCCUAAGAGAUGUUUCCUUGGCAGAUGUUAAGAUCGAUAAUUCUCAGACUGCCCAGAGUUCUCCCUCCUGGAAUGGGGCAUUGGAGAGGGCAGCCAGCCAUGGCAGCCAGCAGCAGCCAGCCAGUAGUCCCCAGCCACGCCUUGGAGAGGAUCCUGUUAUGGCUGAUACCUUGGAGAUCAAGGUCAAGCUGCUGACUGCAGAAGGUAUGGAUGAGGAAGAUUAUUUCGAAGGCAUACCAUUAAAAGCCUCUAAGUUUAACAGCGACCUAGUAGAUUUCGCCUCGACCAGCCAGGCUUUCACUGAGGUUCCUUCGUCUCCUGAGAAAAAACCUGCCGAGGAUGUGGUUUUGGAGGAGCACGCUGAGAAACUGGGUAAAAAGAAAGGUAAACCUGCCUACCAAAAGGAAGAUUCAGAUGAGCCCGCAGGGAAGCCUGGCAAGCACGAACCUCACAAGGAUCCUGAAGAAGACGACCAAGGCUAUUGUUUGUCCCCAGAGGAAGCACCGGUGGAUAAAAAGACAGAGGUAUAUGAAAAGGCAAAGUGCAAGUCCCUGCAUUGGCGACAUGGCGAGGAGAAAGGGGAGGCCGAAGGCUCCCAGGGGCUUGACGAGGAAUGGCCUUCCGACCUGCCAAGCAGCAAUGUCAGCUUGGAGACACUUGAGAGUCACAGCGACGAAGGGCUGGAUUUCAAACCCUCCCCACCCCUCUCCAAGAUUUCCGUCAUCCCCCACAACCUUUUCUACUACCCACAUUACGAGGUUCCCCUGGCUGCGGUUUUGGAGGCUUAUGCGGAAGGCACGGAUGAUUUGAAAAACGAAGGGAUGGACUUCGAAGAAGCAGAGGGCUACUUGUGUGAGCCGAGGCCCGGGGAGGAGGAGGCAGUGGAAGGCUCUCACAGCAGCUGCAGCUUCUCAGGGCUGGGCAAGGACCUCUCCCUGGCCACCGUCCAGGAGCCCUGUCUGGACAGGGGUGCAGAGGGGGCCAAACCAGCCUCGGAACCUGCUCCCCCAGCCGCCCAAGAGGACCAGCAACAAAGGGAGGCUGAAGACAGUGCCCCUGGGGAGAACCACCAGUCCCAGGAACCCCCAAACUCGGAAAACUUAGCAAACCCUAUAGAAGAAAAGGUAAUGGAAGAAUCGACCAGCAGUAAAAAAAAGGAAAAAAGGAAACAUGUGGACCACGUAGAAAGUUCAACAUUCGUAGCAACCGGAACUGUUCGAUCCUCAAGUGACCUGGAAGAAGACCCUGGUGACAGCAGAGUCCUUUCCAGGACUAGCCACAGUGACUCCAGCAUUUACAUUCGACGACAUUCUAAUAGGUCUUUGGAAUCGGAUCAUUUUAGCUAUGUUCCAUUGAGGAACGCAGCCGAUGUGGAUGAGAGAAGACACCGAAUGUUACACAGGAAGGCCAACCACUCCGGAGAAGCCACACUGCCAGAGAGCCAUAGUCUGCAGAGUGACUCGCUGACACAGUUUGUCCAGCAGCCGGACAUGAUGUAUUUUAUCCUCUUCCUCUGGCUCCUGGUAUACUGCUUGCUGCUCUUCCCACAGCUGGACAUGAACAGACUCUGAUGCGUGUGUCUGCAUAAUAAAAAGACCUGGCCCUGACGGGGUGGGAGUCUUUAUACUUCAUUUUAUUUCAGGUUCUGGACAGAGCACCUCUGCAGACAGUCGAAGACCUACCAGGAAACUUGGACUCGCCACUUUGUUUUCAUGUUUCCUUUUCCUCCUGUGCGUCUUAGCAUGCUUUAUCGCUGGCUGCGUACUCAACACUCAGGGGUGUGCCGGAUCCUUGGGUGGGCUUUGUUCUCGCGUGCCUUGCUUUGUCAGUUGCUAGUAUUUAGCUAUAACCCGGGUUUUAACCCAUAUGCAGGUUUUUAAGGUCCAAGUUACUUACCUCUCAGGUGAGGGUCCUCCUGACGAGAAAGUGGGUGGACGCCCCAGGCAGAACCUCCACUGGGAAGAAAACUGCCACGUUUUUAUCCAGGAGGGGAUGUUUGGGUAAAGGUGCCUGGUGUCCACGCACCUGUGUGGUCUAGGGGGGCAUCUGAGUAGCACACAGCUGCCAGCUCUGGGAAAGGAUGUCUGGGAAUGGCAAAAUCCAAGGAGGAAAGUGAAGGUCGUGUGGUGAGCUGCAGUGCACUUUAUUUCACCCUAGUUUUUUGUUUUUGAGUAGGAGGGUGGGAUGCAUUUUAAAUUUCCUUUUGCACUGAUUGAAUUGAGGUAAAGUGGUGAUUUUCACCAAUGGAACCCUCCUUUUAAAUGAAUUCUUUUAAUGAUAGAUUAAAAGCUUAGCUCUGGCUGACACAGGGCAGGCGUGGGGUGUUUCCCACUUUGCCUCAGCAGCCCCCUGCCUUCCAUUGCUGGUUCCUGAGGCAUCUGUGCCAAUCCCAAAGGCCCCACUGAGCACUGCAAAAAGCCCUUAAAAGCCUGAGGGUUGCAGAAGAGGCUGGGCUAAGAAUAGGCUCCAGUGGAUAUUAAGGCUGGAAGCAGCCCAGUGGGAUCCUGCCCUGAGAAAGCUUUUGUGUCCACCUGCGUCAGAAUGCAGUCUCGGCGUGGGCAUGCUUUGUGAUCCUGCCCAGUGGGUUUCUUGAAAAGGCUUUCCGGAAAGCAUCCUGAGAAGUAGAGCAGAACAGGUAGGUGGUUUGUGAGAGAACAGAGGCAUCCACCCGCCCUUCUAUCUUCUGCCCUGGGCUCCCUCCACUCCCUGUUUCCUUCAGAGGUGUAGGUGGGAGGUGCAUUGCUUCGUCUCCCAUUGUCCUCCCCCAGAGGGCAUGUGACAACUUACAAAAUUACAAACUGUUAGGUCAGGAGGGGCCCUCAGGGCCAGCUGAACCCAGAGAGGCAGAGUGGAUUAACCGAGGGCACCCAGCCCACCAGGAGCAGACUUGGCAAGCACACCCAGACCACCCACCCGGUGCCCAUUCCAGAGCUGCCACCUCUUUUAGGGAAUUUCCAUUGCACCCAUGAAUGUCCUAAAAAAAAAAAAAAAAAAAAGGAUAAAAUGAUUAGAUAAAAGUGACCUCAUUUAAA